AGGUGUCUAGGAAGAGCUAUAUACCAGAGAAUUAGUUUUGUAGGUUACUGGUGAACAAACUUUAUUUUAAUUGCCUUUUCAUAAGAAAUCUUCACGUUUACACAUAAAAUAUUUGAAAAAGACAUUUUGUUCUAUUCACUAAGUAAAUGGCUAAAAGAUCUUUAAUUCCUCACUGUAUACAUCAUAUUCUCCACUAAGUUGUAGCUCUUCGUUAAAAUUAUUCAAAGCGACCUUCGUGUGAGGGAUUAGGCCGGACUCCUACCUUGUAUAUAAAUAGCAAAAAAGGAGUUGUAACUCUUUAUCCUGAGUUAUUUCUUCGAGAGAAUUGUUAUCGAGAUGGUGAGAACACCUUGCUACGACGAAAAUGGAAUGAAGAAGGGGACAUGGACUCCUGAAGAAGAUAGGAAGUUAACAGCAUAUAUUGCAAAAUAUGGCUCAUGGAACUGGCGCCAACUUCCCAAGUAUGCUGGACUAGCAAGGUGUGGAAAGAGCUGCAGACUUCGAUGGAUGAAUCACUUACGGCCAAAUGUUAAAAGAGGGAAUUAUACCAAAGAAGAAGAUGAAAUCAUCUUGAACCUCCAUGCUCAACUUGGAAAUAGGUGGUCGGCGAUUGCUGCUCACUUGCCAGGAAGAUCAGACAAUGAGAUAAAGAAUCAUUGGCACACAAAACUUAAGAAGCGCGGUACUAAUUAUGCGACAAACUCAAGUGAUGAAUCAAGCAAGAAAUGUAAGAAUAAUACUAAGAAGAGGUAUACUGAAAGUAAUACCAAUAAAAAUACAAGUCAUAAUAAUAUGCAGGAAAAUAUAGUACUGGAAAGUUUAGAAUGGUCACCAAAGGAAUCAUCAAGUGGAGAACUCUCCUCUUACAGUACCACUAAUUAUCAACAGCAACAUAAAGUGUUUCAAGAGGAAAUAACUAGUGGAAGCUUUUGGACAGAACCAUUUGUAGUAGAAAGUUUCAAUACUACUAGAACUGAUUUUCUAGCUCCUUCAAUUGAUUACUGUGGACUUGUGUGUCCACCUUCACCAUAUAUAGGUCAUGAAUUUCUUUCCUCCUUUGACUUUGAUCAUUAUAAUUAUUGGUAAGUGCAUAUGUAACUUGGUAAUGUUGCAUAACUACAAACAAAUUUUAUAGUUCCAUUAACCUUUGUAAAUUAA